GCAGUUCAUGGUUACUACAGGGUGCAGGCAGGGGGGUUGUUGCGUUCUGAGAGAAACAGCCGGUUUGUGGCUAUUAGUUAUUUAUUUUUUCUAUUUCAGGAGUAACCAGAAAUCACAGACGGGAUUCUACUGUGUUUUGGAGUGCACAAACGUACCUUUAAAUCUGUCUCCCAUUAAGGUCUUAACUGAUCAUCCCCUAAAGAAAAUAUUACGUAAAACACAACAGGAAGCCCAGAGAAAAAGUUUUUUUGUUGUUGUUUUGUGGUGGUUUUUUUUUCAGAGCCUUAAGUAAAACAUUAGCCUAAUUCAGAAGGAUGUUAUCUUCAUACGGCGCUCUUCUGAGUUUAGAACUCUAAUUAAUUUCAUCCGCCGGGCCUGUGCAGCGUACAAUUAAAAGUUUAUGAACUUUAUGAAGCUCAGCAUCCCCGCCUUCACGUGUCUGGCUGCCGGGGAUGGAGACCGCAGGUGACGCGACAAGAAGAGCCUUGGGGUGAGGAGCAACCCCAAGCCCUCCUGGCCCUGCCCAGCCUCCCCACGGCCAUCUCCUGAGGCCGUGCCGUGCCGUGCCGUGGCAGCAGGGCUUUGGCGAGCCCGCAGGACUACAUCUCCCAGGGAGCCUCGCAAGGCCGAGCCGAGCCGGGCCGAGCCGUGGCGCGCCCCGGCGGCUCAGCAUGGAGAGCCCGGCGGUGACCUUCACGCUGGCGUACGUGGUGUUCGCCGUCUGCUUCGUCUUCCCCCCGGACGAGGUGCGCUCGGCGGGGCUGACGGUGCAGAGCCUGCUGGCCGCCUGGCUGGGCAGCGAGGACGCGGCCUUCGUGCAGUACCACCUGCGGCGCAGCACCGGCACGCUGCUGGCUCACUCCCUGCUGCCCCUCGGUUAUUACCUUGGUAUGUGCUUCGCUGCACCUGAAAAACACCUUUAUUUUUUCUACCUGGCUUCAAGUGGAUGGAAAACUUUCUUGUUUUUCGCUGUUCUCUUUCCAGCGGUGGCUGGUGCCCUGGCAUAUUACUGGUCACGGAAGGGUUGGAAUAACCAUCCGUUAGCCCGGACGCUCGCUGUUCAUGCUCUCCCACAGUCAGGAUGGAGGGCAGUGGCUUCUUCCAUCAAUACAGAAUUUAGGAGAAUUGACAAAUUUGCUACUGGAGCCCCAGGAGCGAGGGUGAUCGUUACGGACACAUGGGUGAUCAAGGUGACCACCUACUGUUUACAUGUUGCCCAGCAGCAGGACAUUCAUUUGACGGUGACAGACUCCAGACAGCAUGAGCUCACACCAGACUCAAAUAUGCCUGUGCAGUUCCUCACCAUCCGUGUUGCCAGUAUUAAUCCCUACGUGAAGGCGUUUGAUAUUCGGCUGAACUCCACAGAGUAUGGGGAGCUCCGAGAAAAGCUCCGUGCUCCCAUCAGCAAUGCAGCUAAUGUUGUGAUCCAUCAAAGCCUCAGUGAUUUAUUUCUAGAAACCUUUACUUCUCUGGUGGAAAUUAACCAGCCUUAUUCUGUUCCAAGCACUCAGGAGCUGGAGCCAUGCAUAGGGUGUAUGCAGACUAUUGCAAACAUCAAGCUCAUCAAGAACUGCCAGGAGCCAAAUGAAGGGGAAUGCCAGCAAUGCUACUGUCGUCCUAUGUGGUGCCUCACCUGCAUGGGCAAAUGGUUCGCUAGCCGACAGGAUCAGCAGCACCCAGAGACCUGGCUGUCGAGCCGCGUGCCUUGUCCAACUUGCCGAGCCAAGUUCUGCAUUUUAGAUGUUUGCAUAAUACGAUGAAUAAUACUUGGAUAUGCUUUAACGUUUUAAAUCUGAAGGUAUUUCAUAGUGGUUUUGGUCAAACGGCCUGUUGGCAUUUUCUUACACUUCACAUUCUACAGGAAUUCAAACUCCAGAGCUUUCUUUUACAGCCUUUAAAAUGGAUGUUGAUCUUUUCAGUUCCUUUCCAUUUUUACCUGUGUCUUUGUUUUUUUAUUCAUCAGAUGUCAGUUUCUGGAACUGCAAUAUUUUGUUUAUGUUGUGGAUGGAAUAAGGUUAUCCCGUCCAUGUUUGCAGUAGUAUUCUCUUUUUAACAUAGGUAUUUCUGAUUCUUUCAUAAAGGGAUAACUGAAAAAAAAUGACUUUGGUUAGUCUUCAUUGAUACCUUUGUUUUUAUUUAAUCUGUUUGUCAAGUUAUUAUUCAUCUUGGCGAGUGUUCACCAAGCAAGUAUUCCAGUUGAGUUCCUUCUGCUGGUCCCCUCCGUUUGUAAAGGGGAUGGGUUUCUGUAAACUCAGGAAUUGAAUUCCUGAAGAUAUGCAAUUCCCACAGGGACUUUUUAUUCCAACUGCCUCUAGUUUAUUUUUUGAUGGACAUAUUUAUUUCAAACAACAUAAGGAUUCAGAACCGUACCCUGCUUACUUACACUGCUAAUGCUGUGCGUCAUUAAAUCUGUUGGUUUCCAGGAGCUAUAUUGCUUAGGGUUUCAGUGUUUUCUAGAUGAUGGAUCUUUUUCUACAUUUGAAAGGAGCGCAGCAAAUAUCCAAACCAUCAAAUUACUCUGAAAGAGUGCUCAGCUUUUUCAAAGCCUUUAAGUUUUGAAAGGUAACCUUUUCCCUGAAAGAGAUGCCGGGAUCACAGAGGUAUAAGUUGCCAUGCUAGAUGCCCCAAGAAUGACCAUCAUUCGUUUCACUAAUCAGAAUUUUUCAGGUGUGCACUUUCAAGACUGCUCAUAAGCAGUAUUCAGUGUUUUAACAUUCAGAGGGUACUGAUGCACACUUCGGGAUAUGGUCUGCACUAGGAUAAUUUGCAAAUUUAAAUCAAAGCAUUUUCCAUAAAUUUAAGAGAGUCCUUCUCCUGGACCUAAAUGCCAUGCUUACUGUUUUGUAUGUCCAUCAGACCCUUCAAUGAACAAUUGCUUGUCACAAUGCUUGGUGAAAAGCUUCAAGGUGCUGGAGAAUGUGUGUUUGAGUUCUCACGCUGAUCUGUGCACUGCAGUGGCUGAGAUGCAGGUAUUUGCUUAUCCAGGUAGUCCAUCUUAGAGGGGCAGUAACCUCUGGCAGACAGGUGGGGCAGAUGGUGAGAAAAAGAAGUCGUUUAAUGCUUUGGUCUAGGAAAAUGAAAGCCCUAAUGCUUCCCUUAUAUAGUGUGUAAUCAGAAGGUUCUGUGAAUCAGAAGCACACGUAACAUGCCAGUGGCUAACUGAAAAAGUCUUGACAUCCUUGAGAAGCAAGACUGCUCUGAGAAGGAAUAGGUAGCAGGGUGUUAAAAAUGGUACAAGUACUAGAAGUGCAGCCGCAAAAGAUUUUGCUAGUAUCAGCCUAGCCAUAGGAUGUAUGCUGAAUGCACCAAACUCCAAUUAAAGUAAUGUGGUCAGGAAAUGGUUAUGUAUGUGGCUUUAAGCCAUGUUUUGGAGAGCGAUAAGGAGUUGAAAACAGAUUUGACAGCAUCAUUUGAGAUCUGACAUACUAUAUUGUAUUGCUGGUGGAGGAGCUUUUUUUUCUUUUUUGUUUGUUUGUUUUUAAAUUUGCGCUUAUAAAAGACCAAACUUGAGUUUAAGGACACUAACUGAGUAUAUCUCAGUUGUUACAUAUAUAACUUUUACUACACAGUUAUCUGUACUGCCUAUUAAUAAGAGUGUUUUUUCUGGUUUUCAUUACCUGUUGUUUUGGAUCAUAAAGGGUAAAAAUUUAACACUGAGACUGGCAGUACAAUUUUAUCUUAAAUGGCAUGUGCCAUCUGAAUAGCAUAAAAUUGAGUUUCGUUUUUGUUGUCAAGUCUGAAAAUUAGUAGAAAAUCAAGGAGCUGAUGAGUGAAUUUUCCAGUACUUUUGUAGAAAAGUUAUUUGGAAGUAUGAAGUAGUCUCUCUGCAGGACUUUUUUAACUUUUGGAAGAGUCCUACAGGGUUGGCCAGGUGGUAUCACCUGGCAUGCACCUUCUUACUAUACAGUAGACUUUAUAAAUAAGCAUUUUGAACCAUUUACUUAACGGUAAGUUUGCAUAAUAUGGCACAGAUAUAAAGGAUAUGGUCCUUGAAAUAGUUGCAGAAGGGAAGGUAGGAUUCUGGACUCUGUCACUGGCAGUCAAUUCCUAUAUCUCUUUCCCUGAUUGGAAUAAAAAUAUUUAUUGUAAUGAUCUAUGAAGUUAAAAUCAUAAAGGCCUUGAGAACUUUAGACAAUAAGCACAUGUAGUUGCAGAUAUUUAUCAAAAAAAAAAAGUCAAUUGCCAGUAAUAUCUCAUGUAGUAAAAGCUCUAGUCUCCCAAUUGCUUUUGCAGUAGUGUUUUUCUUUAGGUAACUCUAUCUUCUUUGUAUUGAUUGAAAGUUUUCCUUUCAGUGGAACUUUGAUUUUACGCAUCUUAUUUCUUUUGCCAGUAUGACAAUAUAGCAAAGUAAUAGUCAUAAAUGUAUAAUACUGUUGCAUCUUUUUUAUGGUAGUGUUCUGUCCACAGAAGUGCCUCUAAGAAAAUUUUGUAACAAUUACAAAAAUAAAAUAAUGAUUUAUGUUAAUAAUACUGCCUGUCUUAAAUUCCUUAAAACAAGCAUUUUUCCAAGUUUAAAUUCUUGUAGUAAUCUGGCAUGUCUCCAAAGUUGGUAAGCUUCUUAAAGGCUAUGUUACAGAACUAACUUGUUAAAAAUCUGUAUGACGUUUUCUUCUAAGAGAUAGUAGAAGGAAAAACCAUGACAGGUUUCUUAACACAGGUAUUCUGAUAAUCUUAUUUGUCUUGCAUAAUUCACUGAACAUGAAAUUUAUAUAGCACAAAAAUAGGAAUUUGUCUUCGUGAUAGCUUCAGGCCCUCAUUCUGCUUGCAGUAAAAAAAUAAAUACAUUGUCUCCCACCCAACCAUGAUAUGUUUCUUAAACGUAGGGGUAGGGUUUAGAAUUAUUUUUUUUUACAGCAAUUUUCUAAAAGAAAAAUGAACUGAGUAAUGUUAUGGGCUAAAAUAUUUACUUUAAGAAUAAAAACUUCUUGAAUUAGGAGUGACUUAGAGUUCCUUUUUCAGCUGCGUGUAUGUUCUUCCACGUCACUAACCUGUAGGUAGGUAAUGUUAGUAAACUGCGGUACAUUAUGUAAUGUCAUUACAGUAAGACAACCUAUAUGUGGCUGCAUAGUGUCUGUGUAAAUACCACAUAAGUAUGUAGACAUAUAUAGCCCAAAUUUCCAUAUGCACUGCAGCUGAACAGGUGUUUCUGAGAACAUGGGCAGUGGCUAUAUGUAUUAUUUAUUUCCACAGUUGUGAUUUGUUUGUUUUUCUGUAAUUGUAACAUUUCAGAUAAUAUUGACAAAAUAUUUGUUAGUGACAAGCAUAAUUUGGUAACCCACAAAAGGCAUGUUGUCUAAGCAGGAUAUAGCUGGAAUCCAUGCUAUAAAUGCAUUUGUUUACCAGGAGGCUUGCCAAAACCUGCAACAAGAAUACCUGAUUAUUAUGUGAUCACUUCCAAUUGAGUAUUUUUGUUGUGCUGAAGUGUUGUAGACUGCAGCUAUGUAGCAUUCCAGUCAGCCUAAACUUACAUCAGCAAUUGAUGAGUGACAUUUCUUAAGAAACUUUGAGUUAUUUGAGGAGGUGAGAUAUGAACAUUCAAGCUCUGACAUGCACUAUGAGACAUUUUCUUCCAAAGAUGUAUCACAAGGUUUGUUAUUUGUGUUGCUUUUUUAUCCAGAGUAUCUAUUUUAAAACAGAGUUAUUGGAUAGCCUUUAAGUUAAAGGCUUAACGACUACAUAUAGUUCAUUUUAAAACUUUGUGAAGAGAUGAAUAAAAAUACAGUUGAUUUUAUGC